AUGUAUCUCUAUCUCGCGGCCGCUCCUCGUGCUCUAUACCUCGUUACAAGCUCUCAUGACGAGCGGUUGGGCCGACCUAGACGUGCACUCGUAUUUCGUUCGGCGGGAGAAGGGCAAUCGAAGGCUAUCGUGGAAUUUCUUCACAAAGACCAAGUGGACAUUUCAAAUCUCGUUAGAUUGACGGCCAGAGUUGUUAAAGGUUGUCUGGGAUUAAUAUCAGUUGAAAAAGACAUCUUCCUCGCUGUUAUCACUAGUGCCACGGAGAUCGGGAAUACUCGUCCAUCGAGCCAUACUCCUGAAUCCGUUGCCCGCAUUCAUGAAGUUUCUUUCUAUAGCUUGACUUCAUCGACCUGGGACGACUUAUCUGCCGCUGCAGAGCAAAUCAUUGGUCCCGAUGCCGUCGACUCCGCUUUUAGAGAGAACUAUGGGCAACAACCUGUUCCAGUUUUUGAACAUCCUUGUAUGCCUUUGACCAAGAUAUUGUCAUCAGGAUCUUUUUAUUAUGCGAUUGAAUCGCAAUGGGAUCUAUCCUCCCGACUUGCCGUACGCCUUACCAGGGACAGAAAUGCUUCAAAAGAAACUUUGACAUUUGAUGAAAGAUUUGUUUGGAAUGAGUAUAUUAUUCGCAGCUUACUCGACUUUCGGGAGCGGUUAGAUAUUGAAGAAAAGGAAGACCUCGACCGUUGUCAAUUUAUAAUUCUUGCAAUUCAAGGAUUUGUAGGCGUGUUCACCAUGGCUUUACCUGCUCCACCUACUGAUGGAGCUCCAACUGUGGCAACCCUCGCCCUGAUAUCCAGACUCGGAUGGAAGCGAGCAGGGACAAGGUUUAAUACUCGAGGCGUUGAUGACGACGGAAAUACUGCCAACUUUGUCGAGACAGAAACGAUCUUUAGCUCGGAUCAGCAUUGCGUCAGCUAUGUUCAAGUCCGUGGCAGUGUGCCGCUUUUUUGGGAGCAACAAGGGUUGCAGACAUUUGGACAACGAAUUCAAAUAACAAGGCCACAUGCCUCUCAGCCUGCCUUUGAACGACAUCUUUUUCAACUCAUGGAAGAGUACGGAUCUAUUCAUGCCGUCAAUUUACUUGGUCAAAAAGAGAACGAAGCCUCUUUAACGAAUGCUUAUGCUCGUCAUUUACAAAUAUCUCGUGCAGCUCUCGGGGAUGAACUUGGAAUCACGCACUUCGAUUUCCACAAUGCCGUCAGGAUCGGUGGUCACGAUAAUGUAAUCCGAGAAGUCAAGUAUGCAUUUUUCUGUCUCAUCCCGUUAUACCUAUGCCUUACGUUGCAACUAAGACGCAUAGAAUCAAUUGUAGACAAUGUUGACAAGUUUGGCUUCACCAUGUGCGACGCAUCCUCAGACGAACUUGUGACCGAUCAAAGGGGGGUUUUCAGAACAAAUUGCCUAGACUGUCUAGAUCGCACCAACUUUGUUCAGGACAUUCUUUCACGAACCACACUAGAACAGUAUCUACUUCUUGUUCGCCGUGAAUGGGUGCACUCCAAUACGCUUUGGACACAUCACAGAGAACUUUGGGCCGAAAAUGGGGAUGCAUUGUCAAGAAUUUACGCGGGAACUGGCGCCAUAAAUACGAGCUUUACGCGGAGCGGCAAACGUACUCUUGCUGGUGUUCUUUCUGAUGCCACAAAAAGUGUGUCAAGGGCCUACAUUAAUAACUUUCAAGAUAAAGGGAAACAAGUUGCAAUCGAUAUGUUCCUGGGGAACCUCAGCAAUCAACUUCAAGUGACAAUCUAUGACCCUAUACACGAUUACGUUAGAGCCACUCUUGAAAGAAGGUCUUCAGAAUACUCCACCACGAGACAAUGUACCUUUUUUAUAGGAACGUGGAAUUUGAACGGCAAGCCCCCUUCCGAAUCUCUACUGCCAUGGUUAUUUCCCAGGCAAAGUAAACCUGACAUGUUUGUCCUCGGAUUUCAAGAAAUUGUUCCGUUGACUGCGCAACAGAUUGUGCAGACAGACCCUGAAAAACGUCGCAUAUGGGAGAACAAAAUCAUGGAUACCCUUGAUCGCCGUCCUAACAAGCAGGCUGAUUAUCUACUACUGAGAAGUGAACAGCUAGUCGGAACGGCCUUGUUAAUCUUGGUCAAAUCAGAGCUGACAGCUGUCAUAAGAAACGUGGAAGGAGCAACACGAAAGACAGGUCUUCGGGGUAUGUCUGGGAACAAGGGUGCGGUAGGGAUACGGCUGGAUUACUACGACACGAGUUUUUGCUUCCUAACGGCACAUCUUGCUGCCGGCCACUCCAAUGUCGAAGAAAGGAAUGCAGACUAUCGAACCAUAGUUAACGGCUUGCAUUUCCAGAAGGGAAAGACCAUCCAAAGCCACGAAAAUGUGAUCUGGCUGGCUGACACAAACUACCGUAUUGAUCUUGAUAAUGCCACGGUCCGCUCGCUAGCUGAACACGAUGACUUUGACCCUCUUUUGGCUGCCGAUCAGCUCCGGAAUGCAAUGGACAACCGCGAUGUAUUUUAUGGAUACGAAGAAGGGCCAUUACUUUUCCGGCCCACUUACCGUUAUGACCUGGGAACUGAUAAUUACGACACUAGCGAAAAGAUGAGAAUUCCUGCGUGGACAGACCGCAUAUUACACCGCGGAAAUGCUUUUGACCUUGCCGUUUAUUCUAGGGCUGAGCUACGAGGAUCUGACCACAAACCAGUUUUUGCUAUCUAUAGAGCUGAAGUGCGCAUCGUCGAUCCUGUGAAGAAGGCCAAUCUGUCGCGCAUACUUUUUGAAGGCAUCUCAUCGACACAACACCCCGGAGAGAAUUUGGAUCAAAAGCUUGCGAGACUCGCACUGCCGAUGGAUACGGAAGAAUUACCACCGCCCAGUACAGAAGAGAAGGCUUGGUGGAACAAUCCAGAUUGUCCAGGAGGCGUUAUCCCAAUAUCGGAACUCCAAAAAUUAGACCUAUAUCGAAGGAACAACCCUUUUGAUUCUCCAACCAUAUCUCCUCUCUCUUCUUCCCCGUCGUCUUCUGAUGAAGAACUUUAUUCGCAUGCACUUGCGCUGCAUACUCCUAUCACCCCAGUCCAGACAUCCAUGCGGAGGCCGCCACCACCACCACCACCAACUCGGCCAUCGAAUCCAAACGGACAAGAAACAUGA